UUUAUAAAGAUUGGCCAGACCUGCCCUGUUCUAGAACCGGGUAGUUCAGCGCUCCGGCGAUUCUCAAUAGAUGCAUGUCCGUCUCUUCGUACAUUGCACAAGAAGAGUAGUCCUCUAUUCCAAUAUCUUUCGGAACUGUUGUUGACAUUAAACAGUGAAAAAAGUUAACAUUUUGGAGUGAUCAUAAGGAGCUUAUUUACCCAAACUUGUAGGUCCUCGUUAAAAUUAAAGACUGUCCAUCACGGAUGUUCGACCUAACGAAGGAAUGGAAUCUGUCAUUCGCCGGCUGCGGGUUCCUGGGGAUUUAUCACAUCGGAGUGGCCAGCUGCCUGUCGGAACAAGCGCCCUACCUUAUCAAAGGUGCCACCAAGAUUUACGGGGCUUCAGCCGGUUCCCUCUCUGCCUCGAUGCUCGCCAGCCAGGCAUCCAUAGCUAAGUGCUGUGAGGAUGUGAUCGAAACGGUCAUGGAUGCCCGGAAGCGUAACCUGGGUCCCCUCCACCCCUCCUUCAACCCGCUCAAGAUCAUCAGGUCGGGCCUGGAGCGCGACCUGCCCGCCAACGCUCACACACUCGCCUCCGGGAGGCUGUGUGUGUCACUCACUCGCGUGUCUGAUGGACAAAACGUCAUCGUGUCCGAGUUCAAGUCCAAGGAGGAGCUCAUCCAGGCGCUGCUGUGUAGCUGUUUCAUCCCCAUAUACUGUGGCCUGAUCCCCCCAUCCUUCCAAGGAGUGCGUUAUGUGGAUGGGGGGAUCAGUGACAACCUUCCUCAGUCAGAGCUGAAGAACACCAUCACCAUCUCUCCGUUCUCAGGCGAAAGCGACAUCUGUCCCCGGGACACCUCCUUCAACUUCCACGAGCUUCGUUUCACCAACACCUCCAUCCGGUUGAACCUGAGCAACAUGUACCACCUCAGCAAGGCCCUGUUCCCCCCAGAACCCAAGGUCAUGGCAGAGAUAUGUCAGAGUGGCUACAAGGACACCCUUCGCUUUCUUGAGGAGAACCAUCUGCUAAAGCUGGAGUGUCCGACUGCCGGCCCCAACCUAUCAGAAGCCACCUGCUGCUGCAAGCCCGUCGCCAUGGAAACCACUAAGAACGGGAUGUUCUGGCGGCUACGCCUCCUGAGGAAGCAACACUGGUGUUUGGAUGAGCAUAUUGUUGACAACCUGCCAACCCAAAUCAAGAAAGUGUUCUGUGAGGCGUGCCAGCAGAAGCCUGGUCUGUAUGCUCAGGUGUCUGAGAUGCUGCUGGUCAGAGUGGCCUCCUACAUGCUCCUGCCCUGCACACUACCUGUGGUAUCAGCCUACUCAGUGGGCAAGAGGAUUGUGGAGUGGAUCCCAGAGGUGCCUGCAGACAUGCGUUGGUUAGCUGGGGUGGCUGGGGAUGUGGCUGGGAGCUUGUACAGACAGGCCUGGAGAGGAGCGCCAGCAGACCUAACCAGUGAUGGUUCCCUGAGGAAUUGCAUGAGCCUGCCCCCACCCAUGGAAAGUGACGGACAAAGGGAGAGAGAAUGUCACCUGUCCGGGUUCGCUCGCUCUGCUCUCAACUUCCAAAGCCAAUACUGGAACAUCCCCGCAGCCGCCUCUUCCCACUGUUCCACCAGCCCCCACACGCCAAGCCCCUCCCCACGACAGAUCUGCUUCAGUGUUCAUUUUGGCACUCUUUUUUAGAUUCAUUCUCGUCUGUCAUUUUGACUAAAAUAUCAUAAAAUCUUAGUCACAUUUUUGUGAUUUGAAUAAUGAGUUAGUCAUUGUUAAAAUGACGAAAAGAGAGACGUUUUAGUCAACUAAAUGCCCUUUAAUUUUAGUUAUAUUUUAGUCCACAUCACAUUUGUAUUGCCUCAUUAGCCAAAAACCACGUUUCCAUCCAGAGUUUUUAUGGGAGUAGUCAUAUCAAAGAUGUUUAUAACUAACCCAAGAUGGACCAUAACUACUGAGAUGUUAGGCUAUUCAAUAAAUAAAUGUUCAAUCCGACAUCUACAAGCAGGACUGCAUGAUUCCAGAUACAGUAUUUUGAUGUGCAAACGAAUCCAGCGAUUGUCAUGAAUUGUGAGUUGACGAUAGGGUAUUGUUGUUAUAUUUUACUGUUAAAAUAGGGCUCCAGAAUUUUCUGUUUUUUGUUUGUUCAAUAGGGAUGAAUUUGCCUAAAUCUUUAUGUGCACUAAUAUCAUAGGCUAAAUUAUUUUGGGAUUUAUACACCGCAUGAUACAGUGAAAACUCAAACACAUUAGCUAGAUCACUAACACUAAAUAUAAUACCCGCUGCUAGUAGUCAUGUAUUAAUUUAAAAGUAACGUUGUUUGUUUUUUUUUACAGUAUGUUGCACUGCUAACCUACAGACCAACAAUGCUUCAAUGCGCAAUUGCGCAUUUCGUGGACUUCGUAUCUGAAAGCCAUGUCUAAUAUUUUGAUUGUAAAAUAGUUGCUAUUGAGACAAUAUUAAGAGAUGACAAAUAUGAAGUAUACCCACAGAAAGCUGAGAACAACAUUUGCUUCUAAAUCUAUGAAUUUCCCGCAAUUGGAUUUUCAAAUGUUAUAGUGAAAUGUUAUACAAUCAAGAAGCUUUUUUUCACACUCCCGGAGUGCACAUCGUGGCUUGUUCAUCACAGCAGCAGGCUUCAGCAGAACAGGUCAAGUGGCUGGGCAGACACUUUAAUUACAGGAAUCAUGAGGAUAAUGCACUUCACUGUUUGCCCAAAUCAUGGUUUUAACCACUCAAAAAAUAGGACGUUUUUAAAACUUUUGAGUGAAGUGACCAUGUAAUGAAUGUUCAGCUCGCACGCCACCAAUUACAGAUUUAAGUCGCACAGCCAAGUCAAAGAGUUGCAAAAUGCCAUUAAAUGGUUGCAAUCGAGAGCCUUGACCCUUGAAAUACUGUAGCUAUAUUGUAAUCAAAGUUGUGUCAUAAGUAGUGGUCUGAUACUGUAGGUUGCAAGAAAACUACAAGGUAGAAUUAUCAAUCGGUUAUUAGCCUAUCUGAGCGUCAGAGGAGACUGGUGGCGGGAGGAGCUAUAGGAGGACGGGCCUUUUUGUCAUGGCUGGAAUGGAGUUAAUGGAACAUAUCAAACAUAUGGAGACCACAUGUGCCAGCUCAAGUUCCCUCCCACGGGGCCUGUCUGUAGUGCAUAGGAACUGAAAAGUGGUUUAGGAUUGGCAAGAUGGUCAUGUGAUCGAAUAGCUUUGGAAUCCAGAACUGUUGCUAUAGACACACUAAUGACUCAAUCAUGCCUUUUGAUCACUCCACCAUCCAUAUUUCAUUCUAUUGUACCACAUUGGAAAACUAUUUACCAGCUCACCACCAAAGUUAAUUCUUUUUUUGGAUUUACACAUUUUAUAAAUCACUUUGUCUAGUUUUACCAGAUAACGUGCUGUCACUACCCAAGUACAGUACCUACCUACCUGUGUUCAGUCAAAUGUAGCAUGCAUUCCUCAUUCCAGGCGGACUGUUGAUAUGACUUGAGGUUGACUUUUUGCCUGCACCACAGACUCCGCUAAUACAGAAGCUGUGCUGUGCUGUGUUAUUUAUUUUGUAUUAGACAGGACCCUUGCACUAAACAGUGAACUACUGUGAUGAGCUGUGAUGUCAAGACAUUUGAAAUCACAAUAUUCUUGAAAGUUCCCUUCAGAACUUCUUAAUGCUGACAUUUGCUUUUGCACAAUAACUUUAGGUGCAUAGGAUUCACAAUGUUAAUGGCAUAAUCAAAUGUCAUAUUUAAGUUAUCACACUGCCCCAUUUAUAGUAGGGUACAUACUGUACUUAUAUUUGUAAUGUGUGUAACACUGUGAAAACCUCUGCCUACUUGUGCCUAGGAUGGCAGGUAGCCUAGUGGUUAGAGCAUUGGGCCAAUAAAGGAAAGGUUGCUGGUUCAAAUACUUGAGCAACCAAAGUGAAAAACCUGUUGAGCAAGGCACUUAAGCCUAAUUUACUCCAGGAGGUGCCAUACUACUAUGACUAACCCUGUAAAACUGCACCUGUAUGUGAUAA